UUUUUAUGCUUUACUUUUUCUAUUUAAAGACCUGAAUGGAUCUUUCAGAGUGCAAGUUGGUAACCAUUGUUGUUUAUGAUUACAGAGAAUAUCUGAAGGCAACACACUCCCAAUUGGCUCACUAUUAAGCAUAAUGAACGAUAUUGUUCCUGAGUUUCUAUCAAGAUAUAAUUAUGCAAACUGGAGUGCUUGCAUGAAGAGCUAUUUAUUGGCUAACGAUCUUUGGGACAUUAUGGAAUCCAAUGCUGAGCCUCCUACUCCAGAAGAGAACGAAUCUGAAUUCAAGGCUUGGAGAAAGAAGAAUGCUGAGGCUUUACAUGCAAUUCAAACUUCAUGCUUUUCGGAGAUACUUUCCCAGAUUAGAGACAUUAGUUCAGCUAAACUUUGUUGGGAUACUUUGGCCAAAACGAAUGAGUUAAACGUGCCAGGAGACCAAGUCCCACCGCAAGAACCCGUAUUGCCACCAACAGAAGUGGAAUCGCACCCACAAGCAGUCAGUCAAGGUUAUCCCGUUCUUAUAUUUGCAAAAGCAUCACUCAAAUAUUACUUUUCGAGAACAAGAACUGGUAAUAAAACUAAAAGGUUAGGGCUAGAGGAUCAUGUAAGGGUUCAAAUGCGACCCUUACGCGAGGCUAUAGAGAAAGGUGAUUCAGAUGCUGUACAGGACUUCGUUGGUCGUCACCCAGAUUCAGUGAGCAAAAAGAUUGCAGGUUUUGGUGAAACGGCUCUUCAUGUUGCAACAUUGGCUGGAAACACAAAGAUUGUGGAGGUAUUGGUAGAGUUUAUGUCAGAAGAAGAUAUGGAAAUAGUUGAUGAAAAUGAGGAUACAGCGUUUGUUCUUGCUGCUGUAAUUGGGUCCAGGAGAAUUGCAGAAAUAAUGGUAAAAAAGAACAUUAAGUUGGUUACAAUUCCAACAAAGGAUAUACUUCCAGUGACUGUGGCAUGUAGCCAUGGCCAUAGGGAAACAACUCGAUACUUAUACUCCCUCACUUCAUUUGAAUUGCUACGUCCAGAAAAUGGAUACUAUGGUUCUUCACUUCUCCACGAGACAAUUUCAAGACAAAUGUUUGAUAUUUCAUUGGAUCUGCUGGAGCGUUGCCCAAGUCUGGCCACUAGAGUAAAUCAUCUGGGAAUCAACCCUCUACACGAAUUUUCAGGACUGAAUGAUUUUUUCCCCAGUGGCAGCCGAUUUAUCUUUUGGAAACAGUGGAUAUAUUCCCGGAUUCAUGUGCAACUACCUCCUGCCCUUAGUGAAGUUCGAAUAUCCAUGCCGCAGAAAAACCUUAAGAAACAGGGAAAAAACAUUCUAGUACAAGGAUUAAGUCACCUCCAAAGUCUCGUCUCAAAUUUCUUAGAAUUUUUGGGACUCAAGCAGAUAUAUGAUAGGAAGUUGACACAUGCCUAUGCUCUCAAGAUUUUACAUCACAUGUCUGAAUAUAUAUCAACUAUAGAUGACAAUGAACUCGGGAUAAAUGGGGUAUAUGCGGCAUUUUUCAAUGCUAUCAAACGAGGAGUGGUUGAAGUUGUUGUUGAGAUGAUCAAAGCUAAUUCUACUCUGCUGACCGUUGUAGACUAUGACUCAAGAGGCGUACUCUUGAAUGCAGUUGCACAUCGUCAAGAAAAUAUUUUUGGCCUUGUAUAUGUGCUUGAUACGUACAAGUACAUGUUGAUUUCUGGAAUAGAUAGGAAUAAGAACAACAUGUUACAUAUUGCAGCCAAUUUAGCACCUUCUCAUCGACUCGCUCGCAUCUCAGGUGCAGCUUUGCAGAUGCAAAGAGAGCUACAAUGGUACAAGGAAGUUGAAAGCAUCGUGAGUCCUUUAUCUAAGGAACAUCUCAACAGAUUCGAUCAGAGGCCUGGCGAUAUCUUUUCGGAAAGCCAUCUUAAGUUGGUGGCAGAUGGGGAGAAAUGGAUGAAAGAGACGGCAACAUCUUGCUCAGUCGUGGGUGCGCUAAUCAUCACUAUUAUGUUUACUGCAGCAUUUACAGUUCCUGGUGGUAACGAUCAAGAAUCCGGGUUCCCAUUAUUCUUACAUAUGAAGACAUUUAUUAUUUUUAUAAUAUCUGAUGCAAUAUCUCUCUUUGCGUCCUCAACAUCAGUAUUGACGUUUUUAGGAGUUCUUACCUCUCGCUACGCGGAGGAAGAUUUUCUCAAGUCCUUACCCACAAAAUUGAUUAUCGCUCUAUCCACUCUUUUCGUUUCAAUUGCAGCCAUGAUGGUAGCCUUUUGUUCUACACUAAUAAUAAUGCUACGAGGACAGUUAAAUCUCAUCAUGCCACUCGUUCUGUUGGCUAGUAUUCCGGUCACCCUUUUUGUACUGCAACAAUUUCCCCUCCUGGUGGACAUUUUUGCGUCCACAUACGGACCUGGAAUCUUUGACAGGAAAUUGAAGAAUUGGUACUAAACAAUACUUCACCGAAUGAUAUCCUCUUCAACUCUGCAUCCAUCUGUCACAGUUUAUACGCACGUUGGUGUUAAAGUUAAUGGGUGUGUGAUUUUUGUCAUUCUGAUUAUUUGAGAGUGUCUUUUUCUUUUUCUUUUUUUGUUGAGACUAAACUUUUAUUACUAUUGAUAUUUGCCAUUUCAAUAGAUUAAUAAUGAGAAUGAUAAAUUACACUGA